AUGUACAAGAAAAGGAAUUGGGAAACAAUAGAUCCGAUGCAUGAUGUCAUAGAGGCAUGUAACGAUCUUGAACAAGAUUCUGAAAAGCUUCUUGUACUUCUUAAUUUUAUUGAAAACCUGAAGGAAGAAGAAUCAGAUGUUGAGAAUCUUUCAUUUCCAUCAUGGGUUUCAUCGGACCUUGCAAAAACAUUUUUAAAGGUAACGGAGAUCAUCCCAAUUGAAGAAUCUGAAUCGAGUCCAUUAAAGAGCGUUAUCCGAAACGUGAAUGCUUUGGUAAAGAAUCAUGAUUUGUAUAAACAUGGAACAAUACAAGCACUGAUUGAGCCUUUGAACCAAUGCACAAAUGAAUAUAAAUUAUUAUCAAGCUCUUUGAAAGCAAUGCCAACUCAUCUCAUGCAAUUACAUGCAGUAACAGAAAAACUGAUAACAAUUUCUAAGGAGAGUAACGUUGGAGAAAGAGUUGUGUCUUGUGCAAUUUCGGGUUUACUGGAUGUUGUUUGCGAAAUGACUUCUAAUAAGCAAUACGGAAAUAAGGAGGUUCCAAUAGUGUUAGACCACAAUUUACCAGAAUUUAUGGUUAAACCAGAUGGUAGUAUCUCAACAGAUUACCCUUUAACGUGGUUCUACAGAGAAGAUUCAAGUUUAGAUUCGGAGGUCUCUUGGGAGAAUCGAGAAGUAGAUAGUUUUAAGCUCAUACUUUGUUUAAAAAGUUUGUUAAGAUACAAUAUGGAACAAAAAUUGCAAUAUGAAAAAGAUGACAUGAACACAUUUAGUAAGGUUUUGGGUCUUUGUUACUUGAAAACCACUGCUUUUUUGUUUUUAUUAGAAGCUCGAUUUGAAGAACUUGUUUGCAAAGAAAGUCUUGAAAUUGUUCCAAAAUACUUUUUGUAUUCAAAACGAUUUCAAAUGGGAUCCAAAAUACAAAUAUUCGACCUUUUCAACCAUGUGUUGAGUUUUUAUGUCGACUAUGUACCUAAGGAUGAACCUGUCACCACUUUGACACCAUACAGACCAACAAUUUCGGUCCCUCUAACAAAUUGGAAAGCCGUUAAGGUUCUUGCUGCAGAGGAAGCAACUUCCAAACCAAAAUAUUCUGGGCGUUUGAGACAGAACAAAAAAGUAGUUGCCGCGGUUGAAGAAGAGCACGCAGACCGAUUUACAUACAUUGUCAAGUCACAGACAUUUAUUAAGAACGUUUCGAAAGAAGAGUUGCAUGUCAUUACUAAGCUUCUGUCCUUGGACACAUACACCAUAUACCUUCCCAAGAUUUUGAAAAUUUACCGAAAUGGCGACGUUGAAUUUGAAUUGCUGACUGCGAUUCAUAUCCACAAUGAGGAAGAUCUUCUAGCUCUAACGAUUGAUGUUUGUAAGGCACUCAAGUUUUUACACAAAAUGAACAUCGUUCAUCGUGACGUCAAGCCCUCAAACAUUAUGCUAAGACGAUUCGAUCAUCCCAAAAACUAUUAUUGGUUUGUGCUUAUUGAUUUUGGUUUAAGCUUUCAUUUUGAAAGAACAGACCAUGGACUUGUCGACUCUUAUUCACACUCUCUUGCCACCGAAAAUGCUGGAACACACCUAUUUAAGGCUCCAGAAGUGAUUGCAAUGGAGGCAUAUGAUGAAAGGAUUGAUAUUUUCUCAUUAGGAUCCACUAUUCUCUCCCUAACGGAUCAGAAACGGUUUUUAACAACAAGAGCGAAGCAAGGAAAUCUUCAAGACAUGGUAGGGCAGUUAAAUUGGAAAUAUCCAACGUUUAAACAUGUGGUAUUCGACAUGCUUUCAGAAAAAUCCGAAGACAGACCGUCUGCAUCAACCAUUGUGGACCUGUUGACCCCAGUCGCGCUCGAUUGUGAAAAAUACUGUUGA